UUUGUGGGCGGAGCUUUUAGGGAGCUAUAAAAGAAACAGAGCUGUUCUAACAUCUGUGGAGUCACUGAUCUUCUCCAAGAAGUCUCGUCCACAAUGAGGAACCUUCUGCUUCUUCUUUUCACUUUCACCCUGAUCAGUCAGGGACAUGGCAACUGUUCUGAAAGCAGCACCAGAGCCUCAGACUCAGAGAUUGUGGAUGUUUCAGAGGUUUUGUACUCACUGGACUCCAACAAAGCCUCAGUGUCUGAGCUGGUCAUCGACCCUCAAACCCUCAUAAACCAUUCUGAUACGGGCAACAAGAACGACCUUUCACCCCUACCGUUGUUUGUGUAUGUGGAUGAGGCGUCUCUCUUCUCGAGGCCUACCUAUGCAGCACUGAUUGCUUUGUUGGAUAAUUAUGAGAAGAAGACAGGUGUGUCUGAAAAUUUCAGUUCCUCACAGGUGCAGGAACAGGAGAACUUCCUCAAAGAGACCAUGAAGAACACAGAGCUGGGCAGAGAACUCUUCUCCUUCUUCUACACUAAAGGUUAUUACACAUCAUGGGAGGAGUUUCUCUAUGAUCUGAGGAUGAUGUGGUUCGGUCUUUACUCUCGCAGCAGUGGCAGUCUGGACUCCAGCGGCUUUGAGCACAUCUUCGCAGGUGAGAUUAAGAAUGGGAAAGUGUCUGGUUUCCAUAACUGGGUGAGAUUUUACCUGCUGGAGAAACUGGGGCUCAUGAACUACUACAGUUACAGCUACGACGGCCCUUGGACUUCAUAUCCUGAUGUUCUGGGGACACAGUUCAUGUGGGACGGUUAUUAUAAACAGAUCGGUUCUGCCCUGAUCGGGUCCAGUCCCGAGUUAGACCUGGCCUUGUACACACUGUGUUACGUCACAAGACCUGGAAAACACUGUCGUCUCAGUCUGGGAGGAAAAGGGCUGACCAUCCAGACCUACACCUGGGACAAAACCACCUACGGAGACGGCAGGAAGUACAUCGCCUCUGCUUAUCCCGUGGUUCCGUAAACCAGAGCUGCUUUUACUGCAGAAACGAUCCACUCAUCAUCAGAGAAACAAAUAAAAUGAACAGCAGAAUUCAAAGGCA